AUGGAUCAGCAAGAUGGAUGGAGUGGCGGAGAGUCGGUUGCGACCGAAAACUCUACUGAAAAUUCCCGGGCCGCGGAACGCGACCGGGUGCGCAUCGAGUUCUAUGCUACUUAUGACGUCAUGACGGGCGUGCGAAUAGCCGCCACCCUGGGCGGCUUCUUUGCAUUAAUGGUAUUUUUGAUCGUUUAUAAAAGCCGUAGUAAAUCUGUCAAGGCUUUAAACGAUCCAAAAAUAGUAGAAAUGGCCGAAGCUGUUGUCGCCGAAGAACAGGCAGUCGAGGAGGAGAGGCAACUGACUGCAGCGCUAGAAGAAGCGCUAUCAGAGCGCGCGCGCUCUCGUCCGUCAAUAACUGAGGAGCCACCUUGGCCACGGACAGCACGCUUUGCGUCAUAUGGAGGAGGCUAUGGAAGCUUGUUGACACCGCCCCGCCGGUUAUCGACCGCUCGCGGUGACUCGCUUCCUGGUUCAGCCUUACGUUUUGCAGAACGUCGGUCGUCAGCUGGUCCCCGCGACCGGCGACUGAGCUCAGCGACCUGUUCCAGUUCCGGAAGCUCUUACUUGGAAAGACGUGGUUCGUCAGUAGUAUGUGCUUUGCCUGAACGCCGACUAUCUCCUUGUCCUAGUGAGAGACUUGCCCCUCUCGCGUCAGUGGGUAGCGUAGGUCCGUCGUAUGCGGUAGAGUGUGAAUUAGCGUCAGUGGGUGCGGAUUCAGUUUUUGCAGAGGACGAAGCGGACUCCACUGAUGAUGAGGUGGAGCAAUUUUCGACAGAUAGUGGAGGUGGUGAAGCGACAUUAGUAGGCGAGUGCACGGAGCUUUCGAGUCGUCCCACACCAUUGCCGCUGCGGUUAGAUCGUGCUUCACACUCACGAGAAACGUUGUUCUAG